AUGAACAUAAACCGUGAUUUAAAGAACAUCAUCUUGCAGAAGCUUGGAGUAUUUGGGAGCAAGUGGGUGAAGAAGCUAUUCUACAAGAUUUCCAUCGCAGUUGUCUCGACCGGUGUUAAGUAUGAUACGUUUGUGCUAGCGGCUGAUGAAGAUAUUAGGGUUCUGUUUCAUUGUGUUAGGAGCUUUUCGGAGGUCAAAAUACAGGAGCUGUAUGCGAAGUUGGAGGUUGGUGUUGAUAGUUCUGGGUUUGAUGCUGCGGCCGGAGCAUCUGUUCCGCAAGUCGCAUCCCCUUCCUUCGCGGCUGAUUUAGAUCAAACGGAGGCAGUUGGUUCUGUACCGUUGGAGAAUCCUGGGGUCUGGCAGCAGGCAUUUGAGGCGGAUGCCGGUGGUGGCAUGAUUCAUGAUGUUCAAGGCUUUGGGGAACCUGAUCGAGUAGAGAAUGCAAUGCGGGACGAUAACUCUGACCAAGAGCCUGCAGAUAUCAUUGGAGACAGCGAUGAUGACAUAGGUGCCAAUCCACAUACACAGAACGUGCCUUCAAGUUCUAGCACACAGCAGUAUCCUCCACACUUCUCCACUCUAAACUUGGAGGCUCUAGGUCAACAGGCGGACGGAGAUGAAGCUAUUUUGAGUGUGAAGGACUAUAGCAUCCGUCAAGGUGUUGAGUACAGAGUCUUAGAAUCGGAUCAUCUGAAGUAUCAUGGAAAAUGCAAGGCAUUUGGCAAGGGUUGUAGUUGGUUGAUUCGCAUAUCGUUUCGUGCACAAAAGGGCAUUUGGGAGGUUAGGAGGUACAAUGGUCCACACACUUGUUUGGCCACCUCUAUUUUCAGUGAUCAUCGUCAGUUGGAUUACCAUGUUAUCUGUGCGAGGAUUUUUCCGUUGGUUAGGGCGGAUGCUACGGUUACGGUAAAGGUCUUGCAACAAGCAACAGAAGCCAAUUACGGGUUCAUGCCUAGUUACAGGAAGGUUUGGAUGGCAAAAUAG